GCCUAUUCCAACUAAACCUCCCUGCCCCAGUUUGCGCAGCUUCGACCAACGUCGACCCCAAAUCUCAUCGCCAGGUUAAACUUUCCCCUCAAAACUAUCAUUACGUCUGCUUUGACGCUGCAUCUUCGCCAUCCCGACUCGAUAUACGCAAAUUGAGCCGCCCAACCCCGGGGCCAUUUCGCUACAAUUGGAGCACCGGCGGUGCUGAAAGUCCUAGAAUCCCCGUCGGUCCUCGCUCUCACGUCUCUCGUUCAUCAUGCUUCUCCCGAAAGGCGGCGUGACGUGGAAGUCGGCCAAGGCACGACUUCCUCCAUAUAGAGCUGUCCUUCAUUAUGUGCUGCGAACGAGGUUUUUGGUCUUUCUGGCCGCCGCGGGCGUCGUGAUGCUUUUAUGGAGGUCGAUCAGCAUGUCUGCUUCUGAUAUGCAAAGAUUUUACUGUUGGGGUCCCGCGAAACCACCUUCGGAUGUGUCGAUUAAUGAGUACGCGGCGUGGAACUCACAUUCACAAACCCCUGUCAUCUUCAACCACCAUGCUCCUAUUGAAAUCAACUCGAGCACAAUUGAACGAGUUGACCUGAAUCCGAUCAAAUCGACCACUCAGGCUCUAGCGAACGAGGAGAGAGUCCUCAUUUUGACCCCCUUGCGCGAUGCAGGACCAUAUAUCAACAAAUAUUUCGACCUGCUAUCGGAGCUGACCUACCGUCACGAUUUAAUUGAUCUCGCUUUCCUGGUCGGUGAUUCUUCCGAUGACACCCUGGCAAUCCUCGCCAGCGAGCUGGAGAGAAUCCAACAGAGAACCGAUCACAUCCCCUUCCGCAGCGCUCUCAUUGUUCAAAAGGAUUUUGGUGUUGCUUCUGGACAGUCUGUAGAGGAACGCCAUGGCUUCGAAGCCCAAGGUCCACGACGAAAAUCCAUGGGACGAGCUCGAAACUACCUCCUUUCUGCUGCUCUGAAGCCUGAGCACUCUUGGGUGUACUGGAGAGAUGUCGACAUUGUAGACAGCCCAAAGAAGAUUAUUGAGGAUUUCAUUGCCCACGAUAAGGACAUUCUUGUCCCCAAUAUCUGGUUCCAUCGCUAUGCCAACGGCCGGGAUAUUGAAGGGAAAUUUGACUACAACUCGUGGAUUGAGUCUGAAAGAGGACUGAAACUGGCCAAUUCGCUCGAUAAAAAUGUCGUUCUCGCAGAGGGUUACAAGGAAUACAACACUGGUCGGACAUACUUGGUUAAGCUGGGCGACUGGAGAAACAACAAGGACGAAGAAGUCAAUCUGGAUGGUAUUGGAGGCGUCAACAUUGUGGUCAAGGCUGACGUCCACCGUUCUGGAAUCAACUUCCCAUGCUACGCAUUUGAGAACCAAGCUGAGACCGAAGGCUUCGCCAAAAUGGCUAAGAGGGCUGGCUAUCAAGUCGUUGGCCUUCCAAACUACGUCGUCUGGCAUAUCGACACCGAGGAGAAGCCGGGUAACCUUGGUAAACGCCCUGCCAUGUAAUUUUGGAGUCGCUGUCCAUUUUCGCAUCCGAGAUGUAUAAUUCCAGAAGCCGACAACGGAGGAUCGAGGGUUUCAGAGUGAUGCCAAAGGAAAUCGAUGGAGUGCCAUCCUCUUACGAUGAGCUUUUCUUUUUAUUCCCGGCCGGUUAUGCCUGUCUUAUUCGACAGCAAUGCCGUCGUACCGAGACCGCAGCAAUCUCCGUUCUCACUUGACGAUGUACGAUCGAGGUGAUACUCGGAGUGUCCAUCCUCUCUUCCUAAACGAUAAGCGUCGCACCUUCCAUUGGCUUUUCUUUUUCUUUUCUUUUUUUUUUCUUUGUUUCAUAGAGGGGGCGACCCACUUGCUCAUUCUCACAAAGUUGACGGUCAAUCUUUCGAUUUUCUUCCGACAAUCCUCCAUCGUGUACUCUUCGGGUCUUUACUUCCGCAGUCCUCUGAUCCC